CGCGCUCUGAGUCGAGUGCAACCGAAUCUGUCAACUCCCACCAUCCCACCCACCAGAGUUAAAUCCCCCCAUCGUGCUCUCGUGCUGCUUUUUUCUUUUAAUUUUUUUAAAAUACUAUAAUUCUGCACGGCCUUCCUUCUGUCAGUUGUCAGUGUGAUUCCAUCGGCCACUCUACGAGCUAGAGCUAGCACCAUCCAAACCCGGCAUCCAUCGACAAGCUUACAGGUUCGUCGUGACAGUAUCCAAAGGAGAGGAUUUUGUGCGCCUGGGAAGUAGGCCACGAGGGCAGAAGAGCGCUUUUCGAGUCAACGUCCAGCCUCCGUCAAAUUACGCACGAAUAUAAUCUCUCGCUUCUCUGAAAUGCCCAAUGAUAAGGAGAGCAAAAAGCAGCGCACGGAAAUGCACCCUUCCUCUGGGCUGGUCUCUCGCUCGCUUGGGGGUUGUUUCUCUUCGCAACCCUCGGCCUGGGCGCUCCAAGUGGCGACGAAUGUGACUGAGCAAAAGCACCAUGUUUCCCGAGACAAGCGAGGUCAGGUGCUUGGCCACCUGCGUGGGUUCAGAGGAUGCACCGUCUGGUUUACAGGCUUGUCGGGUGCUGGGAAGACCUCGAUCAGCUUUGAGCUCGAGUCCUACUUGGUGGCCCGCGGCGUGCCUGCUUACAGUCUCGAUGGGGACAACAUCCGCACCGGAUUGAACAAGAACCUCGGCUUCUCCAAGGAGGACCGCGAGGAGAACAUCCGACGCGUAGCCGAAGUGGCCAAGCUCUUUGCCGACAGCGGUGUCAUCGCCCUCUGCAGCUUUGUUUCGCCGUUCGGCAAAGACCGUGAUAUGGCACGUAAGGUGCACCGAGAGAGCGACUUGCCUUUCUUUGAGGUGUUCGUUGACACACCCUUGAACAUCUGCGAAACGAGGGACGUCAAGGGACUGUACAAGAAGGCUCGCAAGGGAGACAUCAAAGGUUUUACUGGUUUGGACCAGGCAUACGAGAAGCCAGAGUGUCCUGAUUUGGUGGUCAAGACCGUGGACUGCAGUGUUGACGAGAGUAUGACCCAGGUCGUCGAGAUGCUCAUUGAAAAUGGAAUCAUUCCGCGCUCCAUGAACGGCGACUCGCGCGUCCACGAGCUGUUUGUGGAAGAAAACAAGAUUGCCGCUGCCAAGCAGGAGGCUUUCGAGUUGCCGUCAGUCAGCAUCACCACCAUCGACCUGCAGUGGGUGCAGGUGCUCGCUGAGGGCUGGGCGUAUCCCCUCAAGGGCUUCAUGACCGAGGACCAAUAUUUACAGUGCCAGCACUUUGGCUGCCUGCUAAACGGAUCCACAAAGGUGACGAACCAGUCGAUUCCAAUCGUCCUUCCCGUGACCACCGAGGACAAGGAGCGGCUCGAAGGCUGCUCGGCUAUCACUUUGAACCAUGACGGCCGUCCCAUAGCCAUCAUGCGUAAGCCGCAAUUCUACCCGCACCGCAAGGAGGAAAGGAGCUGCAGACAGUUUGGAAUUAACAAUCAGGGACACCCCUACAUCAAGAUGAUCUACGAGAGUGGAGAUUGGCUGGUGGGAGGCGAGCUGGAGGUGCUGGACCGCAUCCAGUGGCACGACGGACUGGACGAGUACCGUCUCACGCCCAACGAGAUCCGCGAGCGGUGCCGAGCAAUGGGUGCGGACGCUGUCUUCGCCUUCCAGCUGCGCAACCCAAUCCACAACGGACACGCUCUCCUGAUGCAGGACACGCGGCGGCGGCUACUGGAGGAUCGCGGCUUCCGUCGGCCGGUGCUGCUGCUGCACCCCCUCGGAGGGUGGACCAAGGAGGACGACGUGCCGCUGCUUACCAGGAUGCAGCAACACCGAGCUGUACUUGACGAGGGCGUGCUCGACCCUGCAUCCACCUUGUUGGCCAUCUUCCCCUCGCCCAUGAUGUACGCUGGGCCUACCGAGGUGCAAUGGCACGCGAAGGCGCGGAUGAACGCUGGUGCUAACUUCUACAUCGUGGGGCGCGACCCUGCAGGCAUGCCCCACCCUGACCCUCCCUCGCGCGACCUUUACGACGCCACGCACGGCAGCCGUGUGCUCUCCAUGGCCCCUGGAUUGCCAGGACUGGAAAUCUUGCCCUUCAGGGUGGCAGCUUACGACAAGACUAAAAAGGCCAUGGAGUUCUUUGAGCCGAGCAGGAAAGACGACUUUGAGUUCAUUUCGGGAACUAAGAUGCGUGGUUUGGCACGCAGCGGGCAGAAUCCUCCUGAUGGAUUCAUGGCGCCUCGCGCUUGGACGGUUCUUUCCAACUACUACCAGUCUUUGCGAAAGUGAUUUCGUCCACUUGACAUUUCCGAUGAAAUUUUCACAAUUUUUAUUUCAUUAUGGGCCGGAACUCCUGCUCACUGCUGACAGGAGGUGGUGCGUCUUUUAUAACUUCCCCAAUUUCGUCCUUGUUUCUUGGUUGCAUUUAUUCCAAUCACGCCAAGGAAAGAAAGAAAGAAAGUGAUUCUUUAUUUGUUAUCACAAUGUUAUGGCUGCUGUUUUAAACACUUUAAAAAGAGACAAGCUUCUCCCGAGGAAUUAGCAAUAAUAGUUUAUUUUUGUUUGAAUCGCUUUCAGGUAAAGCUGCUCGGCGCCUAUUUAUCUCUUUCAUAAGUUAAAUGUUAUUUAUACUUGAAACGUUUUAGUGGCUGGAUUAUGUAUUACUAUAACCCAUAUAAAUGUUAAAUCAUUGCAAACCACAA